AUGAAUAGUUCAAGGCAUCGACCAUUACACACUUGUGCAGUUUCCAUCUUAGCAAUGGUUGACAUUGCCGUAGGAAAAACCCAACAUAUCAAUGGACCAUUAGGUUCAACGUUGAAAAGGGUAACAAAGUCAGCCAAAUUCGCCACGCCCCUUAUCUACAACAUGCAAAUCCAAUGGCUAACGAUUCUCUCCUUCAUCGAUGAUGCCAUUCUAGCAAUUGAAAAAGUUACAGCGAAACUGUUUCCCCCAUCAACUCGCGUGUUCGACAAAGUUGACGAAAUCGUGGUUAUGAUAGUGUCCCUUCCCGAGGAAUUUGAUGACGCAAUGAACAAGUUUCCUGCAAUAAUCCAUGAGGUCCCGUUUCUGGAUUGGGCACUGACCCUCGUGAUCUCAAGGUUGAACGGUUUGGUUUCCACGUUGAACCAUUGGGGACAUGAAAAUUCAAGGGUGAACGAGAAAACAAUAGGUGUUGAUAAGAGUUGCAAUGAAGGGUGCAUGGAUUCCUCGAAUUAUAUGAAGAGUGAGAAUUUGGAAAACUUUCCUCCUAUAAUAUCAGAGUGUGAAUUUAAAGUGGUUCAUGACCCUGCAUUGUUGAGUCACGUAAGAGCGUCGUACAAGGAAGCGUUGGAGAGAGGAAAAGAAGUGAACCCACACGAGAAACAGAACCAAGGGUGUGAGGUCGAUAGAGGUGAUGAUUGUGAGGGUAAAGAAGGAAGAGAGAAGAGUGAUGGGAUUAUUAAAAAGUGUGACGAUCAUAUUACGAAAAGCCAAGUUGGAGAGCGUGAAAGUGUAAAGGAGGCUCUUUUGGAAUUGUUUGAGUCUUCAUGGCACGAGGAAGAUGGUAGUUACUAA